GUAGAGAUUCCNGAUGAAUACAGCAUUUUUCUUCUUGGUUAUCGCUUUUUCGAGAGCUUUUUCAACUGAUAUCCCUUCAAAUCCGUUGUCUGAUGAUUUCAUUGACUACAUCAACAGCCAGCAAAGUACAUGGAGAGCUGGCAAAAAUUUUGACGAGAGCACCCCAACAUUGCAUAUCCAGAGUUUACUUGGAUCGCGCACAUCUCCAAAAGCGAAGUCAUUGAAAACUCGCGUACACACUGAAGACGUUGAAAUUCCAGAAUCGUUCGAUGCACGAGAAAAUUGGCCUGAAUGUGAAAUAAUUAGAGUCAUCAAGGAUCAAUCCGCAUGCGGUUCUUGUUGGGCUGUUUCAGCAACUUCCGUCAUGAGUGAUAGGAUUUGCAUACAUUCCAAUGGAAAGAAGCAAACAUACGUUUCGGACGAAGAUUUACUCUCCUGCUGUUUAGUUUGUGGCAUGGGAUGUUCGGGGGGAGAUCCCUCUCUAGCAUGGUACUAUUGGAAUGUACAUGGUAUUUCUUCAGGAGGACCUUAUAAUUCUACCACGGUGUUUACCAACAUGUGGUUGGAAAAGCUUUAGCUGGGCACGCUGUGAGAAUCUUAGGAUGGGGAGUUGAAAAGGGGACACCGUACUGGUUGGUUGCAAACUCCUGGAAUGAAAACUGGGGUGACAAGGGUUCAUUCAAGAUAAUCAGAGGAAAAAAUGAAUGUGGAAUCGAAUUUGCCAUAAAUGUAGCUCUGCCCAAAUUGACAAAAAGCGAUUCAUAGAGAUGUUUUGGAAGCAUGUAUUUAGUGAGAUUUUUUCAAAUAAAGUAAACCGCAAUAUAACAUU